CUUACCUUUUUUAUUCUAACCUAUAAUGUGCAAAUAUGAAACGCAAAGUAAGGUCGCAUCAGGUCUUAUAAAAUAAUCACACGUCAGCCUUAGCUAGUAAAAAGUCAUAGAUAAAAAGAACACAGUGUAUUUUGCAGUGAAUUAAACCGUUCAACUCAUUGAAAGUAUUGAUAAUUAGAAAAAACAAAAAAGAAAACAAAAACAAAAUGUCAGACGUGAGAGACUGGUUCAAUUCUUUGCCAAUAUUUACGAGAUAUUGGUUAAUGUUUACGGUUAGUUUGUCAUUAAUCGGCAGAUUUGGUUUAGUGCAGGCAUCCACACUUGUAUUAUCGUACGAUCGAUUUAUAAACAAUUUUGAAAUUUGGAGACCAUUUACCAGUGUUUUUUUUUAUCCUAUGAGCCCUGGAGGAUUUCACUUUUUGCUUAAUUUGUAUUUUCUCUAUAAUUACUCAUUGAGAUUGGAACGCGUUGAAUAUGAUGGAAGACCAGCCGAUUAUUUUUUCAUGCUAUUGUUCAAUUGGUUAUGCUGCGUUAUAUUAGGAUUCAUUAGCGGUUUUCCAUUACUCAUGGAUCCUAUGGUAUUGAGUGUCUUAUAUGUUUGGUGUCAACUUAAUAAAGAUGCUAUCGUUAACUUUUGGUUGGGUACAAGAUUUAAAGCAAUGUAUUUGCCAUGGGUAUUGUUUGGAUUUAAUUUAAUCAUUUCUGGUGGUGGUAUAAUGGAGCUCUAUGGUAUAUUAAUUGGUCAUAUCUACGUAUUCUUUAAAUUUAAAUAUCCUCAAGAACUUGGAGGCACAGAUUGGCUGGUUACUCCAAAAAUUUUGGAGACUUAUUUUCCACCCCAGAGAGGUGGAAUUCGAUGGUUUGGUAAUGCGCCUACGCAAAGGCCUGCUGGUCAACAACAACAACAACAACAACAACAACAAGCUAGAAAUAUAUUUGGUGGUCACAACUGGGGAAGAGGCCAAGUACUAGGACAGUAGUUUAAUCUAUUUAAAAAAAAAAAUAUAUAUAUAUAUAA